AUGUUUGCUAUUUUUUCUGCCUUUUUGUUGGCAUUUUCUACCGCUGUACCCAUCCAACCAGUUGAAUUGCUCGCCUGGAGCCCUACCAUCCUUACCCCUACCCAUCUCACAUCUUGGCCCCGUGGUUCCACGCAAAUCGUGACCUGGGCGACCAACAACAUUCCUGAAGAGAAACUGAAUUCUACUGGUCUCCUAUUGUUAGGAUACAUGGAAAACGAUUCCGAGAACUUAGACAUCAAACAUCCCCUUGCUGCGGAGUUCCCUAUCACCAGCGGUGAAGUUACAAUCACUGUUCCUGAGAACGCCACGGUUCGCUGCAAUGCUAUCGUUGUCUUGUUCGGUGACUCCGGAAAUGCUUCUCCAGAGUUCGCCAUCGUUUGA